UGCAAGCUCCGAUCCACAGCCACACCACGCACAGAGAGACGCAGCAGCAGCAGGGCACUACGACUCGUACUAGCUAGCUAGCUAGCUACUCGUAGCAGCUGCUAGCUGCAGGUAACCAUGGCGAAGAAGAAAACCGCCGUGGUCGCCACGCUCCUGGCCCUGAACCUCCUCUUCUUCGCCUUCGCCAACGCCUGCGGCUGCCAGUGCGGCGCCUGCCCUAGUCCAGGCGGCGGCGGAAGGGGAGGAGGAGGAGGCAGUGGGGGUGGUGGAUCUGGCGGCGGGGGAGGCAGCGGUGGUGGUGGCGGCGGCAGCGGAGGCGGGGGAGGCAGCGGUGGAGGCGGCAGCGGCAGCGGCGGAGGAGGAGGAGGCAGUGGGGGUGGUGGAUCUGGCGGCGGGGGAGGCAGCGGUGGUGGUGGCGGCGGCAGCGGAAGCGGGGGAGGCAGCGGCGGCGGCGGCGGAGGGAGCAGCGGCGGAGGAGGAGGAGGCACAGGCGGCGGCGGAGGAGGACGCAGUCGGUGCCCCAUCGACGCCCUCAAGCUGGGCGUGUGCGCCAACGUGCUGAGCGGGCUGAUCAACGUGACCCUGGGGACGCCGCCGCGGACACCGUGCUGCACGCUGAUCCAGGGGCUGGCGGACCUGGAGGCGGCGGUGUGCCUGUGCACGGCGCUGCGAGCCAACGUGCUGGGCAUCACCCUCAACCUGCCCAUCAACCUCAGCCUCCUCGUCAACUACUGCGGGAGGCGCGUCCCCCCGGGCUUCCAGUGCGCCUGAUGCAUGCCUUGCCCGGCCGCCUGCAGCUGCAGAUCCAUCGACGUUCAAGCCUAGCUAGCUAGCUCAUCAUACUCCUAAUAUAUACAUACAUGCAUGCAUAUAUGUGCAUGUGUGUUCAAUAACUCAGCAAGCUAUCUCAUCUCAUCUAUCUAUAGUAGCUAAUGUAAUUUGUGCGUUAAUGAGAGUGUACUUUAUUAUCCAUCUUUGAUUUGUGUGUCAACAAUAUGACAACCAUAUCUAUUUUGGUUGCUCUGAAUUAUUAAU